UGGAAUGUUUCAUUCUGUUGCAAUCAGUCUGUCUAGCGAGUCAUUCUGGUGAUCGUUUUGGAAUAUUAAUCAGUUCUACGAUGUCGUUGAAGGUGUUAAUAUGUAUUGUUUUUUCACUCGUUAUGUUGCAUUUUACAAUCGUCGCAACGUUUCGUGUACAUCCCACUGCGGUAAAUAACAGGCCAAUAAUAGGUGUUCUUACGCAAGAAUUAAACACUUUUAUGGAGGCAGCAUAUCAAAAUAAGUACAAUAGCUAUAUUGCUGCGUCUUACGUAAAAUUUUUAGAGGGAGCCGGUGCAAGGGUUGUACCAAUUUGGAUCGGAAAGUCGGAAUCAUAUUAUGAGAACAUAUUAAGUAACAUUAACGGAGUUUUAUUACCUGGUGGUGAUGCGUAUUUCAAUCGAUCCAAUGGAUACGCCGACGCUGGUGAUUACAUUUACAAAAUUGCGAAAAGAAUGAAUCAAAAUGGCGAAUACUUUCCAAUUUUGGGGGUAUGUUUGGGAUUUGAGCUGUUAACAUACUUGGUUGCACGACGCACCGAACAUAGAAAACUCUGCAACAGCAAUGAUCAAUCAGUUCCUCUUGAAUUUCAGCCAGGCUACGAGAAUAGUAGACUGUUUAAAGAUGCUUCUACGGACAUUAUAGACAUAUUAGAGAACGAUAAUGUGACUUCCAACUUUCAUAAUUAUUGCACUACGGAAAAAGCUUUAAAAGCUGUUCACAUAUACGAUCAGUUUCGAGUAUUAUCCUUAAACAGUGACUUAGACGGACUUCGGUAUAUUUCCUCCCUGGAACAUGUUACUUUCCCUUUCUAUGGGUUACAAUUUCAUCCGGAGAAAAAUUUAUACGAGUGGAUUAUCGAGAAUAUCCCUCAUGGAAACUACCCUACUAAAGCUGCUCUAUACUUUGCCGAGUUUUUCGUUAGCGAAGCACGCAAAAGUAAUCAUAAAUUUCCAUCAAAGAAAGUCGAGGCAUCAAGUCUAAUAUAUAAUUAUCCGGUGACUUACACUGGGUUAAAGAAUUCUUCGUUUGUACAAUGCUACUUAUUCAAGGACAAGAAUAAUUCUAAUUAAAAUGGAAUUUUAAUAUAAAGAUAUAAUAUAUGUAUUGGUGGUAUCGAAAAUACAUAUGCUCUGGGUUUGCAA